UUCGCUUCCGGCCUCCGCUCCUCGCUUCCGGCCACUCGCUCCUUUUUUUCCGCUUCUCUAUGGUGCGCGGGCUGCUGUCUCGCCGCCGCGUGAAGUGGGUCGCUCGCUGGGACAGGUCCGGGGCGCAGUUCGGUGUUCGCCAUCGUUGAAGAUCACGCAUGUACCAUCUACAGCCCCACUCCCAGAUCAUCUGCGUCACCUUCCCCAGUGGAGGACACUCCUGCGUUAAUGUCCACAGCACACCCUGAGGUCUCUGCUGUUUCUUCCUGACCUCCCCACACCACCAUGUCAUCAGAAUCAAGCAAAAAACGGAAGCCCAAAGUGAUCCGAAGUGAUGGAGCUCCAACCGAAGGGAAGCGUAAUCGUUCUGACACUGAGCAGGAAGGGAAAUACUACAGCGAGGAGGCCGAGGUGGACCUACGGGACCCUGGAAGAGACUAUGAGCUGUACAAGUACACGUGCCAGGAGCUGCAGAGACUCAUGGCCGAGAUCCAGGACCUGAAGAGCAGGGGAGGCAAGGAUGUGGCUGUUGAGAUUGAAGACCGCAGGAUCCAGAGCUGUGUGCAUUUCAUGACACUAAAGAAGCUUAACCGAUUAGCCCACAUCAGGUUGAAGAAAGGAAGAGAUCAGACCCACGAGGCCAAGCAGAAAGUGGACGCUUAUCACCUGCAGCUCCAGAACCUGUUGUAUGAGGUGAUGCACCUGCAGAAGGAGAUCACCAAAUGUCUGGAGUUUAAGUCAAAGCAUGAAGAAAUCGAUCUGGUCAGUUUAGAGGAGUUUUAUAAAGAGGCUCCUCCAGAUAUCAGCAAGGCUGAAAUCACCAUGGGCGACCCUCACCAGCAAACCCUUGCACGUCUGGAUUGGGAACUGGAGCAGCGGAAAAGGCUGGCGGAGAAGUACCGAGAAUGCCUGUCCAACAAGGAGAAGAUCCUUAAGGAGAUUGAAGUGAAGAAGGAGUACCUGAGCAGCCUCCAGCCUCGCCUGAACAGCAUCAUGCAGGCUUCCCUCCCAGUGCAAGAGUACCUGUUCAUGCCUUACGACCAGGCUCACAAGCAGUAUGAGACAGCCAGACACCUGCCGCCUCCCCUCUACGUCCUCUUUGUCCAGGCCACUGCGUAUGGGCAGGCCUGUGCUCAUAUGAAAUCUUCCCAGCCCCCUAGACAGGAUAAGACGUUGUCUGUGGCGAUCGAAGGCAGCGUGGACGAAGCCAAGGCUCUGUUUAAGCCUCACGAGGACUCCCAAGGGAGCAUUGGGAGCCCCGUCUCCUCUAGAUGUCUUCUCUCUGUGGCUGCAGACGACGAGAGCGACUCGGAUGCUGAAGAGGAGCAGACCACGAAACGCCGGCGACCCACACUGGGAGUUCAGUUGGAUGACAAACGGAAGGAGAUGCUGAAGAGGCACCCUCUGUCUCUCAUGCUGGACCUGAAGUGCAAAGAUGACAGUGUGCUUCACCUGACUUUCUACUAUCUCAUGAACCUCAACAUCAUGACAGUAAAAGCCAAAGUGACAACCGCCACGGAGCUGAUCACCCCCAUCAGUGCAGGAGAUUUGCUGUCUCCUGACUCAGUCCUGAGCUGUUUGUAUCCUGGGGAUCAUGGAAAGAAAACUCCGAAUCCAGCCAAUCAGUACCAGUUUGACAAAGUCGGCAUCCUGACUUUGAGAGACUAUGUGCUUGAGCUAGGUCACCCCUAUUUAUGGGUGCAGAAGCUGGGUGGCCUCCACUUCCCCAAAGAACAGCCUCAGCAAACGGUGAUUGCUGACCACUCGCUGAGCGCCAGCCACAUGGAGACCACCAUGAGACUGCUGAAGACCAGGGUGCAGUCGCGCCUGGCCCUCCACAAACAGUUUGCAUCCCUGGAACAUGGCAUUAUACCAGUUACCAGCGAUUGCCAGUAUCUCUUCCCUGCAAAGGUUGUCUCUCGCCUGGUGAAGUGGGUGACGAUUGCCCAUGAGGACUACAUGGAGCUGCAUUUCACCAAAGACAUUGUGGAGGCUGGACUGGCAGGGGACACCAAUCUCUACUACAUGGCACUCGUGGAAAGGGGCACAGCCAAACUCCAGGCUGCAGUGGUGCUGAACCCUGGCUACUCCUCCAUCCCACCGAUUUUCCAGCUUUGUCUGAACUGGAAAGGGGAAAAAACCAACAGCAAUGAUGACAAUAUUCGGGCCAUGGAGAGUGAGGUCAACGUGUGCUACAAGGAGCUGUGUGGCCCCCGGCCCGGACAUCAGCUCUUGACCAACCAGCUGCAGCGCCUGUGUGUGCUGUUGGACGUCUACCUGGAGACCGAGAGCCACGAUGACAGCGUGGAGGGGCCCAAGGAAUUUCCCCAGGAGAAGAUGUGCCUGCGGCUUUUCCGGGGUCCCAGCAGGAUGAAGCCGUUUAAAUACAACCAUCCCCAAGGAUUCUUCAGCCAUCGCUGACCUGCCUGGCCUGCCGUUUCCCCCUAGGCCCUACGUGCUGCGCCUCGGCUUCGUCCUCUGUCCCACAUGGGGCUCCUGAUAGUCGCCAAAGACAGGUUUUAUAUUUCCUGCUGAUUAAAGUGUC